AACAAGUGAACAGCUGAAAGUGACAGCAAAACUAAAGCUUUCUGGGUUUUAUCUCGGAUAUUGCCAGACAGCGAAAUUUGACUGCAACGAUUAGCCCAAUGAAUACAGCUGAGGAAAAUGAAUUCUUUGCUGAGAACACUUCGUAAAUUAGGUGUCAUUCGUUUGUCAGAAUCGCAUCAGAGGCAAAAUCAGGUGAGUCACAUGAUCAGGAGAUGGGUGACAGAAGAGGAGAGACUUCAGAAACCCCGUCUUCGCGGAGCCGCGGUCACAAGAAGUUCUUUCGGGGACAGUGGAUAUGUCUUACUGAUAAUUCCCGCUGCGGCCUUCUGUCUGGGUACUUGGCAGGUGAAGCGACGGAGAUGGAAAUUAGAUCUCAUCGAAUCCCUAGAGAGGAGAACCACAGCGGAACCUAUAGAAAUACCACUUGACCUCACAGAACUGGAGUCUGAAGAAAUGCAGUAUCGUCGAAUAAAGGUCAGGGGUCGCUUCGACCACUCGAAGGAGUUGUAUAUUGGUCCACGAUCAAACGUGCAAGUUGAGUCGGGCCAUGGAAUGAUGUCUCACACACACAAAAGCGGACUUAACGUCGUCACACCCUUCAGGCUGUCAGACAGAGAUUUGACAAUCUUGGUGAAUCGUGGCUGGAUACCAAACGACAGGAAGAAUCCAGAAACCAGAAAGGGUGGGCAGAUUGAGGAUGAAAUAGAGCUAGUAGGCAUUCUCAGGCACACUGAAAAGCGCCCUCCAUUUUUCACGAAGGGGAAACCUAACGCUGUUAUCUGGUUGUUACGAGAUGUGGAAAAAAUGGCCGACCUCUUAGGCACUGCACCUGUUUUCAUAGAUGCAGACAGAAACAGCACUCAUCCUGAGGGACCAAUAGGAGGCCAGACUAGAGUGACACUGAGAAAUGAACACCUGAGCUAUAUCAUCACGUGGUACUCUCUGAGUGCAAUCACAUUAUGGAUGUGGUACAGACGCUACCGUCAACCUCCUCCCCCAGAUACCAUGUUUACCUACAUCAAAAAGAUGCAGAAAUAAGGGACUGGGUGUCAGUGAAAAUUUAUCUGUUAACAGACUGUGUGGAAUGCAGUAGAGUACAGAGACAGUACUGUAUAUUUUGACUUUUGUCAAAGUCAACAUUUCCGUAAGGCAUGUAUUUCAUGUAUUUUUGUGUUUUAUUGCCAAGAUGACACUAAAAAUGCCAGAAAUGGAAUAAAAAUUAAACUGAAAAUCCACCUUUUUAUUUUGUCCAGUCUUGUUGUUUUUAUGAUUUUAUAGUUUUUGCAAGGCUUUCCUCUUAUGUAAAUAUGUCUUCAAAACAGGAAAAAUUUGCUGAGAUAUUCCAUAUUUCCCAAAAAUUAGAUGAUUUUUCAAGAUUUAUUUUUAUGCCUUCCUUCAACAUUAAAAAAAGAUUUAUUCUCCUCAUAAAACAACAAUACGUGGGAAAGUCUGUCAGCAACCUGCAGAUGGUCGUAGGUUUCCGCCGGGCUCUGCCCGGUUUCCUCCCACCAUAUUGCUGGCCGCCAUCGUGUAAGUGAAAUAUUCUUGAAUACGGAGUAAAACACCAAUCAAAUAAAUCAAAUAAAUAAAUAAAACAACAAUUUAAAUUGGUGUGGCCUGAUUUAAGAGUGAACAAUAGGUCAGAUUGAUGCAGUUAACUGACACAAGUAUUAAGAUCAUUUCCACGCAGGACCCAUAUACGUAGGUUUAAUCUUAAAAGAAAAGACAGCAGAUCAUAUUACUUCAGUUAUUUCAGAAGACGGCAGAAACAAACCUUAACAGCCACAAACAUGUUUUUCUGAUGUCCUCGGUAACUUUGUAAAUCAACCUUUAAUCAGGCAUUCUUACGAGGCUAUGGGAUACGCCAUUUUAGUGAAAUCUGAAACAAAAUGUCGCAUGACUCGUACCACACGGUCAUAUGGUUCAAAGACAAAACAUUUUUCGGGAGAAAUUGUGGACUACAUAUCUUGGCAAUUUUUUGUACGGAAGACAUAUUUGAUAAGAAAGCCUACAAAAAGCAGCCUGAGGAAAAUCAUAAAGAAAUCGAACAAAAUUAAAAAAGUGAAUUUUCAGCUAUACUUUUAUUCCAUUUUUGAAUUCUGUAAAACACAAAAAAAAUUGGAUUUAAAGUCAAAAUGAGAUCGUCCAAAAUUAGAGGUGUCAACCUGUAGAUAGUAAAUGUUGAUCAAUUCAAAUAACAAUGUCUUAAUCAAAGCAUGAACUGAUAUCUGAUAUUGAUUGCAAUCAAGGUGAUGAUUUACCAGUUGUAGUUUCAGUAGCUUUUAAUUUCUUGCACCAUAAGAUCAUUGGCACAAUUCAUUUGAACAUAAAAAAUGAAAUAAAAGAAGUAAAACGUCAGAACAGAGUGUAACCCCUGUGGAAUGCCGUCGUGGGUUUUUGGACAUUAGUAUUAUUACUGUAAUUCUUCAACCUUUUUGCAUAUGUGCAAGGUGUUUUUGCAAAUUGUGUUUACUCGAGCAUAUUCUGAAAGCAUUAAUCUGUGGAAACUGAUAAAAUUGCACUUUUUGUAAAAUUCUGAAAUUAGCCAAUCCAACCAAUGUAGUUCUGUCUCCAAAGUAACAUAAAAAUGUGUAUAAAUUGCACUGGAAGUUACUCUUUGGCAAAAAGGUUACGGAAUUAGGGUAGGUCGUUUUGGCCUGUCGUUCGUACACUGUCUAUUUAAAUUGUGCCGAACACCGUCUUACUUCAGUGAUAAGAAGUCUGCUGUUUUCCUCUGUGUAUUCCACAUGACAGUUCACUUGCUGAUUAAAAAUUAUUUAAACUCAGAAAUUGUUAAUUCAGUAAAUUGAGUACAGUGGAUAAGUUCCACGUGAAAAGGGCAGAAGGUUCCUCCUUCGUGCUGUGUUUAUGCAUAAUGUGAUUUUCACGAAAGUUGACUGAUGGGGGUGCAGGUUCAAAUCCAACUGCCGACUGCAGUCAGGACGUUCAGUAGGAAGUUCAAAAUGGGUUUUUGUCCAAGUUCCACCAUGUUUUCUCCAUCUAUGAACUUGACAGGCAUCAUACCAGUGAAAUAUAUUAGAUUAUGGUAUAAGCAACCAAUGAUAUAAACAUGCAUAUGCUUGUAUUCACGAACAACAGUAAAUUUUUAUUAGAGAUGUAUAUAGCUUUUCAAUUAAAUUGUCAUAAUUUCUUCCGUGGUGUGAAAUUCUCACCUGUUUGUGUAGGUUGGUUCUGAAACCAGCUAGGUUAUGUAGGUACGUGUUCUGGUAAUUUCGAAAAUUAAUUGUCUUGCCUGUAAAGUAACAAGGCAUCUGCAAUAAAG